UACUGACCCGGUUCAGGACUCAGCCCACCAUUUUCCCCUAAGCCUACCCGCAGCUAAACAUGAGUUCCUUAUAGUGCCUGGAAUCAUCAACUACUACACUAGUAAAGCUGCUGCUCCUAGUCGGGGUAUCAAGAAGCAUAUAAGCGUAUUUUCAGCUGAGCCAUCUGUCUCAGUAUUUGGCUUCACUCAGUUCUUGGACUACUAACUUAAUCUUAAUAGGCGCCCAAACUUCUGACCUCACUGCGAUUGUCAGCUCUGACAAGUUGGAGACCUUUGAAAAAUGAGCAGCUUCUAUUAAUGGACUUCUUCGUCUCAAGCUUGGGAAACUUGGAUUCCAGUGGUCACAAAUGAACCAAAUUUCUAAACCGGGAAAGUCUAGAUUACCCUAUCCUCAAGCAAUUUUUAGAUUCAAACAUUUUGAACCAAAAUCACAAAAUUAUUCAUCAUCUCUGCAAAGGGUACCAGACAUUAAUAAGAACAAACCCAUCUCGAACCCAUUUUACAAUCUUCUCCCUGAAACUCAAAAUCCUAACAACAUAGUCAGUCUUGUGUGCUCUACUCUGAAGCUAAAAGAUGAUGCUCAUUUGUCCUUGUCCCUUCUCCAUAAGACCAUGCAAGAGCAAGGGCAUUUAAGUCAUCUGGGGACACAAGAAAUUUCGAGGAUUCUAUUAAGAUGUCAAUCCGAUUCAUCAACUGCUCUGACUUUCUUCCGCUGGGUAAAAUUUGAUUUGGGUCUCAAGUUAAACUCUGAAAAUUGUUGCAUUGUAGUUCAUAUAUUGGUAUGGUCUAGAAAGUUUUCACAAGCUAUGAAAAUUUUAUGUGAACUUGUGAAAUUAGACAAGAAUGUUUCAGAAAGAUUGGAUGUAUUUAAGACUUUACUCUUGUGCACAGAUGAUUGUAACUGGGACCCUGUUGUGUUUGAUAUGCUAAUUAAGGCUUAUCUCAGAAUGGGUAUGGUCAAAGAAAGUUUUAGAGUUUUUAGGAAGAUGGUUAAGCUUAAUUUUGUUCUGAGUAUUGUGACAAUCAAUUGUCUUUUGAAUGGGCUUUCAAAGAUGAAUUAUGGUGAUAAAUGCUGGGAAAUAUAUGGCAUGCUGGGAAGAAUUGGGCUACAUCCAAAUACUUGUACCUUUAAUAUACUCAUUCAUGUUGUGUGUAAGGAAGGGGAUGUGAAUAAGGUGAAUAAAUUCUUGGAGAAGAUGGAAGAGGAAGGAUUUGAUCCUGAUAUAGUGACUUACAAUAUGCUGAUGGAUAGCUACUCUAAGAAAGAGAGGUUGAAAGAUGCGAUUUACUUGUAUCAUAUUAUGUUUAGGAGAGGAGUUGUGCCUGAUCUACUUACUUACACUGCACUGAUAAAUGGCUUCUGUAAAGGAGGUAACGUCAGUGUUGCUCAUCAGCUCUUCUCAACAAUGAUACAUAGGGGUUUAAAACCAGAUCUUAGGGCCUUUAAUACUCUUCUCGUUGGUUACUGCAAAGAGGGGAUGAUGCAAGAGGCGAGGUCCUUGUUGCAUGACAUGAUUGGAGAUGGGAUUCACCCUGAUGAGUUCAGUAGCAGGAUGCUUGUGGAAGGUUACCACAAACAGGGUUCCUUGAUUUCAGCUUUAAAUUUGGUUGUGGAGCUUCAGAGAUUUGGAAUCUUAGUAUCUCAAGAUGUAUAUGAUUACUUAGGAAUUGCUUUGUGUAGGGAAAAUCGACCUUUUGCUGCAAAGAGUCUUCUGGAACGAAUAGCUUGUCCCAGCUAUGAGCCUAAUCCAGAGAUCUUAUGUAACUUGGUUAGUUCUUUUUGCCGAUGCAACUCUUUGGAGGAGGCAUUAGAUUUAAAAGCUCAGAUGGUAUCCAAGAAUAUGAGGCUGGACUUAGUAUCCUAUAAAGCUAUUAUAUGUUGUUUGUGUAAAUUAAGUAGAUGCAAGGAGGCUGAAAACUUGAUUAAGGAAAUGGCUGAAUCUGGUGUAUGGCCGGAUAUUGAAAUUUGCAGAGCUUUGAUAAAGAGAUUGUGCCAAAAAAGCAAUUUUAGUGAGGCAGAAUAUCUCCUGAGAUUCUUCGCUGAGGAAUUCCAGGUUUUUGACACAGGGUGUUACAAUGAACUUAUAAGAAUUCUCUGUGAGAAAGGCGAUAUGGUUAAAUUGAUGGAGUUUCAAGAUAGCAUGAUAAAAAUGGGGUUUGUGCCAAAUGGCCAAACAUGCAAGUACAUGAUUGAUGGAUUGCAGAGAGUCAUGGGGAUGCAGAAAGGCAGUGUAUCAAAUGGGACUAGUUGUACUUAAGCAGCAAACAUGGCUGAGUAACAACAGGCCAGCUGUCAAUCGGGUUCAGAGUACAGCCAACAGUGGCGUGGUUUCCAUCUGUGGAAGAUGCUUCAGUGGGAAGAAGAUUGCUGGACAGCUGAUGUAUCAGACCCCAGAUCCCCUUCUGAAUUCUUCAAGCAAGCAGUUUAUGACCACGUGCAGCUUGUGCACUCCGAUGUAAUCAUGAGGAUGUUGUCUAAAUUUCAGUAUGACUACCUUAUGUUCUGAUGGAUUUCCAUGAAGCUAAUCUUAGUACUCCUCAAUUGAAGGCUUAGUUGGGAGUAUCACGCUGGCACCAUCCUCCAGCUGGGAGUGUGAAAAAUCUUUAAAUGGAGCUAUUAGGACAGACGCUGUUUUGGUGGUUGGAUGGUAGUCAGAGAUGGUGAAGGUUGUUUUAUAGCUGGUUUUGCUGAGAGGUUUGAAGGGGCACGACCAAUAUGCUGAAACAGUAGCUGCUAGAAUGGUUAUUGAGCUGGCAGCAUAGCUGCAGACUCUGUGGCUUUGGUGUGGAAGGUGAUGCAGUGAAUACAGUUGAAGCACUCAAAAGAACUGAGGAUCAUUUUUCUGUUCUAGGUUCUAUGGUGGCUGUAUCAAGAGAGGUUGAGCUUAAAGUAGAUUGCUUCAAGUCUUGUAUACUAUUUGGCCAGUAUUAGGCAUUUUUAUGGUUUUCCGUCACUGACUGCUUAUUGAAAUGUUAACAAAAUUCUUGUCAUAAAUAAUGUAACAUUCACAAAAGUUUGUUGUUCUUCUUCUGGGUUGCUAUCAUCAGUACUAUCUCUUAACUUUGCUGAUGGGUAUGCAGAUAAAACAACCUUAAAUGGAUAGGAACCUCGAGACCAGUCAGGAAGUGACUCCAGAGCAGGUAUAAGAAUGUAGUGACUGUUAGGAAGUAGAGGAGCAGUCUUGUCGUUGAGAAAUGGAUCGAAAAGGCAAAAGAGAUCACCGGAAGGUUUAACAUGGACAAGCCAGCCAUGGGAGGAGCCAACACAUUCAUUCCCAUGAGGAGUUGCUUUUGGGGGCUGCGCAGAUGUAGUAGUAUUUUCCUUGACAGCAUUCUGAAAAUGGGCAGACUACUUUGUGGGGAAGACAACGACUGGUUCAUCGGACCGUGUUCUGGGUAGGCAAGGAAACUUUCUGGAGUUCAACAUAGCCUAGCUUAUGUCCAGCUUAGUAUAGAAAUGCAGUUUAGGUUUUCUGUUUUACGUUCUUAUUUUUUAUCUUUUAAUGUUUUCUCCUUCAACCUUGGGGGAAAAAAAUGCAUUGAACCAAGAUCAUUUCCU